GACCUAUCUCGGUGACGCCUAACGAAACUCUGAACGCGAUUCAAGUACCUAAAUCUGUCUUCUUACGCGUAGAGACAUUGUAUCUCCCACUUACGCCCGAAAUCCUGACCGCUAUUUCCCAUAUUCGGCCCUGUAUGGGCAGUGCGACCGUUUCUUGCCCUACAUCGAGGAGAAGCAGCAGCUCUUGCGCCGGCCUAGAAGAGAAGAAACACAAUCGCAAUGUCAGGGCCUCCGCCCGGCCCAGGGCCUGUGAGGGCCAUGAGUGUAGGAAAUGGCCCGCCGAGCGCUGGUCUACCACCGCAUAACGCCAUGCCUCCACAGCAGGGCGUCCCUCCACCUGGCAGCUCCUCGGGGCCACAGUCACAGCAGAACCUCAAUCAAAUUGUUCUAGAAUAUCUCUCCAAGAAAGGAUAUGUCCGCACCGAGGCGAUGCUCCGCAAGGAGUCUGAACCGCAACCCAACGGCCAAACCCUCGCAACCCAAAGUACCGAAGCAGGCGGCGCAAAGUACACCAAAGCGUUCGAGCUCUUACGGAAAUACACAGAGGACAAUCUUGAUUUAUACAGACCUGAGCUGCGGAAGUUACUAUGGCCCAUAUUCGUAUACUCAUUCCUGGACUUGGUGCGGGAGUUCUAUACGAAAGAUGCGGAGACCUUCUUCGCGGCCUACCAUGCUUUGUUCGAGCGUGACCAUGAGGACGAUGUCAAGACGCUCCGCCAAGUGCGGUUGCAGGCGCAUCUCCAGGAGAGUCGGAUUGCGAAGCUGUAUAUCGAUAACAAGUAUAGGAUUACGCUAACGACGAUGCCAUUCUAUAACCUCAUUCAGUUUUUGGAGUCUAAGCAGUUUGAGGGUGGACAGGCUCUGAUGGACGUUAUCCGAGACCAUUUAAACAUCGUCACAGUCGACCGAACAGCAACGGCAGAGAAGAGCAUAGCCGCUAUUCUCGCUGGCGGACAGGACGAUGACGACCUUCCAGCAGAAGACGAAGGUAUCCCAGGGCAUAAUCCUGGACAUCCGCUCACUGCCCGCCAUGACCCCGAGGCCGACGCUGCACGCAUACGGUUGCAGUUGGGCGCCUACCCACAGGACUCGGAGCUACAAGAAGACGUACGAGCUGCCCUACAGGAUGAAGACGCUAAGAGUGCGCCGAGGCCAGGACAACCAACGCUGGUAGAUGAGUUUGAGCAGCGCAUAAAACGCGAGCCCACCGAAGACGGUCCUUCACGCGACACGGUUCCUCUCCCACCUUCAUUGGCGCGCGACGUCUCCAUGGAGGUGCAAAAGAUUAUUGAGCAUCGAGAUCGGUACAAGAUGGAAGGAAGGACAGGUGGCGUUGGCCCUGCCGUCAGCGUUACCAUGUAUACCUUCCAUAAUACGUACGAUAGCAUCAACUGCAUCGACUUCUCCGGCGACAACCAAUAUGUCGCAGCCGGCAUGGCCGAAUCCUACGUCCGCGUGUGGUCGAUGGACGGCAGCCCCCUCACCUCCCCAGAAGACGCACCUGACACCCAGCCAUCCUCCUCGCGCCGCCUAGUCGGUCACUCUGGUCCCGUCUAUGCCGUAGCCUUCUCGCCUGCGACGGCGAACCCAGACCCCACGGGCCCUCCAACGAGCUCGCAAUGCCUUUUGUCUUGCUCAGAGGACAAGACAGUGCGACUCUGGACUUUAGAUACGUUCACCUGUCUCGUCGCCUAUCGCGGCCACGACAACCCAAUCUGGGACCUUCAGUGGGGCCCUUACGGCCAUUACUUCUUAACUGGAUCGAAUGACCGUACCGCUCGCCUCUGGUCAACAGACCACAUCGAGCCGCUGCGCAUCUACGUCGGCCACGACAAUGACGUGGAUUGCGUCGCCUUCCAUCCUAACAAUCUGUACAUCUUCACAGGCUCUUGCGACAGGACGGUGCGUAUGUGGCACAUCUCCGGCGGUAACUGCCUCCGACUCUUCACCGGUCAUACCGGCAAUGUGACGGCCAUUGCGUGCUCACCAGACGGCAAGACGCUUGCCUCCGCCGACGACGCAGGGAACAUUAUCCUCUGGACGCUCGAGACGGGGCGUCGGAGGAAGCGUAUGCGUGGCCACGGCAAAGGCGGAAUCUGGUCGUUGUCCUGGAGCGUAGAAUCUAGUGUCCUAGUCUCUGCCGGGGCGGACAAGACAGUGCGUGUCUGGGAUGUUCUACAAGAGUCGAGCGACAAGGCUGCGGACGGCGCGGUCGCGAAGGCGGAUGGUGCCAUGACCACUAAGGGCGCGAGUGGCACUACCGUCACAGGCACAAAGAAGGCAGCGAAAGAGACGGGCGUGAGUGCGGAUCAAAUCAGCGCAUUCCCCACGAAAGAGUCACCCGUAUACAAAGUUCAGUUCACGAGGAUGAAUUUGGUUCUGGCGGGUAGUGCAUACUUGCCGCAGCGGGCACUGUAGACAUCGGGUAGCUUGGGAGGCGUACAGGGCGUUUUAACCUGGCAAAAAGCGUCCUCGGGGAAUUCUUCAUCCACCGAGUGAGUGGAAGACUGUAUCAUUGUCCUUUCGACAUAUUCGUCGAAGAUGAGCAUUUGAGUUUCUAGUUCGUUCUGAAUAAUACCAUUGCAAUCACUCCGUCAC